AUGACGUUAGCAAACAUGUCCGAUGUAAAUAUAAAUAACCAUCAAGAUGAAAAAGAUGAUUCUGGUAUUGAGCAAGACAAUAGUAUUAUUUAUAUAAGAAUUGCCGUUGAAGAUCAAAAUUUGCAGAAAGUGUUAAAAUUUAAUUUGGAUGAUACUGUAUGGAGUGCAAAAUUAAAAGUUUUACAACAUUUAUUAAAAGAAGUGAAUGAUGGUUUAAAUUUUGGAUUAUAUUCACCCCCCUGUAAUGGACGUGCAGGAAAAUUUUUAGAUGAAUCAAGAUGUAUUCGAGAUUAUCCAUUAUGUCAGCCAGUGGGAUAUUUGGAAUUUAAAUAUAAAAGACGGGUUUACAAAGCUGUCCAUCUUAUGCAAAAAAAUAUUAAUUCAAAAACAAAUAUGAAAAAAUUUGUUGAUUGUAUAAAAAUGGAACAAACAUUUAAAGUUGCCAGAUAUCUUGAACGAGGAUUUGAUCCAAAUAUUCAGAUAACUGAUGACGGUAUGAUACAUACACAAAUUAGAAGAAUUCAAUAUUAUUUAAAAUGUCUCAUUUUAGAAACUCCUCUAACGUGUGCAAUUGAUCUACAGAAUCCACGUGAAAUGAUAAUGACGUUAGUUAAUGGUGGUGCACAUCUUGAUUAUAGAACAAAAGAUGGACAAACACCUUUACACAAAGCAGCCAUAAACAAUAAAAAAGCAGCCAUUAUGAUUAUUCUUGAAUUGGGUGGUUCACCAAAUGUUUAUGACGAAAAACAAUUGACACCAUUGUAUUAUUGUAUAUUAUAUAAAGCAGAUCCAUAUUGUGCUCAAUUAUUACUACAAGAUCAUAGUAUUGUUGAUUGUACAGAUGAAAAUCUUUCAACAGAAAUUCAUCAGGCUUGUCGUUUUGGACUUGUUCAACAUAUUGAAAAUCUUCUAUUUUAUCGAGCUGAUAUUAAUGCAAAAAAUACAGCAGGAAAUACACCGUUACAUGUUUGUGCAGCUAAUAAUCAGGAAAGCUGUGCACGUGUAUUAUUAUUUCGUGGCGCUGAUACAACAUCUAUAAAUAAAGCAAACCAAACACCGUACGAAUUAGCUUUAGUAUCACAAAAUUUGUCAAUUGCAAGUAUUAUUCAACAACAUAAACCGGACUAUGUUGUACCCUAUCGUGAAAAUCCUGUUAUAAAUCCUAAACGGCGUAGUAUCUACGUUGAACAACGUCUUCGCACUAAUUGUACAUCAGCUUCGUCAUCGUUGAAUAGUCGUUCUCAAAGUAUGCCAAAAUUAAAUGGCGGUAUGAAUGGAUCGAUUCGUAGUCAUAGUCCGAUAAAUGAUUAUUUUCAAACACAAUCCAGUCGAUCAUCAUCACCAAAAUCAUUUAGUGUUAAUAGUGAUCACGGUUUUGGAUCAGAGAGUGCAUCACAUCUCUCAGGAGGAUCUCCGAUUGUUCAAACAUCUAUUGUCAAUGGUGGUUAUACAUAUUCAAGAAAACGUCUGUAUGCAGCUGCACCCGGACGAAAAUGUGUCUGUAUUAAACCGUUUAAAGCUCAACAACAAGGCGAAUUAACAUUGAAAAAGGGAACUAUCAUGGAAAUUUUGAGCGUUGGUGAACAAGGCUAUUUGGAAGGACGUUCUAAAGAUGGUGAAGGCUGGUUUCCAAGUCAUCAUGUUCAAGAUAUAUGUGUAUUUAAAAAUGGUGAAACAAUGAAUGAUGACACAAUUGUUAUACGUCGUGAUGCAUUGUCUGCUUUAAUGAUUAAUAAUGAUUCAUUUAUGCCCAGAACAGUUGUAUUACAACGAGGAAAAAAAGGUUUUGGAUUUGUUUUAAGAGGAUCAAGAGAUGCUGGUAAAUUAUUUAAUCCUACACCAUCAUUUCCUGCCUUACAAUUUCUUGACAGUAUCGAAAAAGGAAGCAACGCAGACAAAGCUGGACUUAAACAAAAUGAUUAUGUGUUAGAAAUAAAUAAUUUAAAUGUAAUAUCGAUGCCUCAUGAAGAAUGUGUAAAUUUAAUUAAGAAAGCCGGUGAUACGUUAGCAUUAAAAGUUGUUACAGCAGUACCAAUGACAAAUGAUUGUACAUCAACAAUAACAUUAAAUAUGAUUAAUAAUAAUUAUUCACAAUCAUUACCGUAUAGAAGAAAAGCACCUAUUUUAAUCCGACUACCUGAUUCAACGGGUGUUUGUGAAACACUUGCUAAUUCGUGUAGAUCAUCAUCAAAAUCAUUGAGUAUAUCAAAUCAUCCACCAUUUAAUUAUUUAUUUCGAUCAAAAAAUGAUGGUUAUAUAAAUACGGUUAUAGAAGAACUUGAUCGUACAUUAGCUGAGUAUGAAUAUGGAAGUAUGUUAAAUUCACAAUCAACUUCCGACAUGAAUUAUUUACCGUUAAAACGUCAAACGUUUAAUGAAGAAAUAGCAUUGACAAAUAUGAAUAAAAUCAUUACUAGAACAACACCAUCACUAUCAAUUAGAAGAGGAAAAUCAAAACCUGUUGUACCAGAACGUGAAUCCAGUCUCUACGAUUGUUUUUCGGCUAUAAACGGUAAUCAAUCACAACAACAUCAACAAAUUUAUGGAACAUUUCGACCAUUAUCAUCAUCGCUACAGACUCAACGUCAUCUCGCUACAAGUGUACCUAAUUUAAGACAUAAUUCGAAUUCGUCAUCAAACGAAGCUGACGAAGAAUCAUCAUUAUCGUCUUUAAAUAGUAAUCAACAUCCGCAACAGCAAAAUCCAUAUAUUGAAAUAACAAAUUCAUCAACUACAAAUACUUUGGUAUCGUCUGAUGGAAUUUAUAUGACACCAUCACUAGUGAUGAAUACAUCUACAUCUUUAACAACGUUUAAAGGCACAGCACCUCUUGCACCACCUCCCGUUCCUCCUCCAUUUCCACCUUCUUUUCCUUCGUCAAUCGAUAAAGUAAAACCGAGCGAUGUUAAAAAGCGUUCAAUGGUUAAAAAACAAUUAUUGUAUGCAUCCUUAAACUCGAAUAAUAAUAAUAAUAAUAAUAAUCGUGAUAGUGAAACAACGAAUAGUGACAAUGAAAGACAACAGUCGAUGCCUCCACCUCCACCACCACCGUUUCCACCUCAAUUAAAUAAAUUAACUCCACAACAUCAAUUCUCGCAACAACCUUCACAAAUAAAACUUGCACAUGAAAAACCUGUAAUAACUACGGCAACAAUUGUUGGAGAUGGAAAUCUACAAACAGAAAUUGAACAAGCAAGAAAUCGUUUAAAAAAACCACAAGCUAUACAAAUAGUACACGUACCAAAAAAAGAGACAAUACAAUCAAAAUCGAUACAACAACGACCAUUAUCCACCUUAUCAAACGGAAGAACAACUUCAUCUUCACCUUCAUCGUUAAAUACUCCGCCACGUUCAACUAUUCUUCAUCCAUCUUCAACUUAUACUGAACUAAAAAAUAUUGUUAUUGAGGAUUUAACACCGUCUACAACCGUCACAUCAUUUCCACCUCCACCAUCUCCUACAACUUUGAGAAAAAAUACAACGUCAGAACAAAAUAUAACAUUGACAAGAUUAACAAAUGAACAAUCAUCAUCUUUAUCAUCAACUAAAUCAGUUUUUUCACUACCCACAUCUCUUUCUCAAGGUGUAACAGAUGUAAGACACGAUGCAAAUUUUUCAUCUGUUAUUGCACAAAAAGCAGCUGAAAAACAAGCGAGAUUUAACGAAACAAAACCAGUAAAACAAAUUCCAGCAACAUUCUUUUCUGGUAUAAAUCAAGCAACUAUUCAAUAUCAACAAAAAUCAACAACAUACUAUAAUCAAGUAUCUACCAAUGGAACAACAACAGGAAAUGUUAAACAAACAGCUGAUAUGAACAACUAUUUUAAUGGUGAAAUAUCUCGUCCGCAUCUCACAUCAUCCUCAUCGACUGUAACAUCUUCCUCAUCAUCUUCUCCGUCACAAUCAUCCUCGUUAUCAAAUUCACCUGUUCAUCAACAACGUUUUAGUCAUGCUGCAAAUCAGUUACUAGAAGGUUUAAAACGUCGUACUACUCAAAAUGCACAUCAGCAACAAACAUCAAUGAUUAAACAUUAUAAUCAUCAGGGUACUGGUAGUACCAGUGAUGGUGAUAAAAAUUAA